UUCCAAUUGUGCCAUUCUGAGAGCGGGUGCGAAGACAUCCUUGUUGUAUAGCAUACUCCUGCAAAGAUGCUUUUGGCGCUCGGAGACCUUCUUCCUUGGCAAUGGCCCCGCAAGCUCCUUCAAUUCACCCAGACAUUAACCGUCAAUCAUGAACAUGGCAUUUGGCUGGUUCGAACUUCUACUCCGGUGGCUCUGGUCGGCUUGGAGUGCCACCUUGCGGUGCUAAUCGAUGGCUUUGUGUAUGAGAUCGGCCUGCCCGCAGAUAGAGACAGGACCGAAAUUUUGUUUUUGAAAAGUGGCAAGUGGGAAGUGAGCUGGCACACUCCAUAUGGUUUCUGCGAUUAUAAGGGAUGGGUGCGCGUGUACGGAAAUCCCCGAGUUCUGAAGACAAGGGACGAACUCGUUGCUUAUGCGAAAAGUCUUGAAGGCAAGGACUACGAUUUCCUGGAUAUGAACUGCCAAGACUUUUGCAUCCUUAUGAUUGCCUUUGCCUGUGACAAGAAGGUCAAAAUAGGGACACCGGAAUUCGAUGAUUUGCGGCGAGACACCUUGGUCAAUACCUUUGGUCUUGGUUUCACUUGGCGUCCAAGCCGUGGGAUGGCAUAUCCUGAACCUCAUGCUGAUUUUUUGAAUGCUACAUUUUUUGAGGAUCAGGUCCCUUUUGGGCCUGAAACUGACCAUGAGUAUCAGCCUGACACCCGCGCUGAGAGCAGCUAUCAAGGAAAUCCUUGAUCAACUGUUGCCAAAUUUAAGAUAUCCCAGAUAUUAUGCAAAGAGCACAGAUUGUCAUAGAAUUCCCGCAGGGACGUGCGUUGUCUCUUCCAGAACCUAGAGUCGAGGGCUCAACAUUGCACAGACCACUGCGCUGAGAGGCUGCAAAAGGCAA